GCUGCGCCGCGGCGCCGGCGGCUGAGGGCGAGCGCCUGGGCAUGGGCUCCAAGGCCAAGAAACGCGUGGUGCUGCCCACCCGGCCGGCGCCCCCCACGGUGGAGCAGAUGCUGGAGGACGUGCGAGGGGCGUCCGCCCAGGACCCCGUCUUCACCGCCCUGGCCCCGGAAGACCCCCCAGGCCCCCCCGAGAGGGCCGUGGACGCAGAGGCCGGGCCGGAGCAGCUCUACCAGCAGAGCCGGGCCUACGUGGCCCUGAACCAGCGGCUGCAGUGGGCGGGCGCCGGGCUGAAGGAGAAGUGCGAGGACCUGCGGCGCUCAGGCGAGGAGCUGCAGGGGGCCGUCGGCCAGGUGACGCAUGUGGCGCCGCCCGGGGCCAUGGCUGCCUCCUCCGGCUGACCUGGCCCUCCGGCUCGCCGGAACCUUCUGUCCUCCCCAGGACGCCUGACCCGGCGCACCUCAGACGUGGCUCCUGGGUCCCAGGAGCAGAUACCAGGCUCUGUUCCGUGGCCUGGGCACGCCCUGGCACCCAGAGACCCCAGGGGACAG